UUGUUGAGAGGAUUGCUACGUCACUGGCCACGUCACAGCGCCUCCAGAAGCCUAUGAACGGCAUUUAAAUCUUCAUAUUACGCUGUCACUCAGCUGUUGUAAACGUCCAUGUGAAAAGAAAAAGAAACUCAGCGUGAGUAUUUUUAACCUCUUAGCACAAACAUUGCUGCUUAUCUCUGAUCAUAUCCUGUUUCUUUGCAUAAAGAGAUGUAUUUUUUGGUACAAACAAUUAUUUAGAUUAUUUUAAAGAUCACACAUUAAGGCAUUUUGCAUGUCUGCUAAAUGUAUGUUAAUAUAAAACGUAUAUUUAAGUGAAACAUAACAAUUGAAUAACAAACAAUUAUGUGGCUUAUUUUAAAGAUGGAAGGUAAACCUGAUUGUGUAGAGAUUCAAAAGCUUUUUACGACAUUAGGGUAUAGCAAGAAAAAACAUGCCAUCAUUAAAGUUAUGUCAUGAUGAAAGAUCAUUUUGUUUUUUAGUGUUAGCAAAACAACGCUCUCUUUCUUUUCCUUGCAGCAGGUGUGUAGAAGUGAUUUAAAACGCAGGCAUUGUAAAUUUGGGUAAAUUUGUUUGCCAUUCAUGAUGCACCUGACAUCUGAAACCAACCAACCAGUCUAACAUGUUUUGCCAUUGAAGAUGAGGAUAUUCAGCAUUGUUUUAUUUCAUAGGUGGUUGUAGUAAUUAUACAGGUGAGUUUAUACUUUACACUGAACCAGGAAGGGCUAGAAGAUCUAACAUUUAAAGUAACACAAUGGUGGUCACACUGGUGUAACUUGUGUUAUUUGGGCAGCAAAUAAAGGAACUAUUAAACCUUUGUUUUUGGAAAAAAUGCUGAAGUCUGUUUGGAGUUAUUUUACCUCAAAUCCUGAUCCUAAAAAUCAGGAUGACAAUGGGGAAACACAUGCUCAAGAACCAGAACCUGAAGAGAGAGAGGAGAAAAGUAAUGAAUCAAUUCAAAAGACCAACAUCAAAAACCAAAAAAGAAAGUCAAUAGGAGAAAACAACAUUCAUGUGCAAGAAUAUGAUAAGCAGGAAGAAGAUAACCGUGUGAAGUGUCAAACUCUGGGAGAAGAGUCAGGUCAUUCUGAAGACAAGGAAAAGAUCAAACAGCAAAUUAAGCUGCUUUUCAGUAGACUCAAUCUUAGUCUGAUUCAAUUGAAUUCACAAGACUUUCUGAAGGUAACACCAGCGAUGUUGCAGAGACAUGAACCUUGUGAGGAAAAGGACUUGGUUCAAACUUUUAUACAGCAACUCCUGAUGAUGGAUUACAGGGCAAGAUACAUUCAAAUAAAAGAAAGAAAACAUGAGCUGAAGAGACACAGGACAAAAGGUUUAGAUACAGGACAAAGUGAUGCUUUUGAUAAUAUUUUCAGUAGGUCUGUACUUGUUGAUGAAGUGAAUAAAAUACAUCCUCUUCACCCAAUGGACAUUCAGAUGGCAGUGUUUCUCCAUGCAGAUAAUUUUCUUCGUCAGCUCAUAGUAACCAAACUCUCACAGUGUCAGUAUGCUGUUCCUCUGCUUGUGCCCAAUCCUUUCUACCAAAAGAUUGAGUUUCCAUUAUGGACCUUUCGACAAAUCAAGAAGAGUUGGAAGUUAUAUGAAAAGAACGAAAGCAAAAGUCAGGCAAUCUACCAGGCAGAAACGCCUAUGGUUGCAUUUUUCAGGUUGUCAGCAGUUUCUACAUCCAAAUCUCAAAUCAUGAACAAUUUGAUCAAUGAACGGCAUGAGACUUUCUUUCACAGGCACUGCCGUGGAAGCAGCAAAUCUCGUCUGCUGAUGGAUGGAGUUGUUGAGAUCGCCUGGUAUUGCCCGUCUGGAGAGAAGACAGAUAAAUUCACUGAUUGUGUUGCGUUCUGUAAUCUUCAUGGUGAUGCACAACCUCAUGAGACACAGCUAAAAAUCCUCACUGAAGAGUCCUCCAUAAAUGUUGUGAUUUUGCCUCAUCUGGAUAGAAAUCACAAAAGUAUGACAAUUGUGGAAGAGCUGUACAACAACUCAAAGCCACUUAUCUGCCUUCUGACUGAAGACGAAUCUGUUUUGACAGAGAUGCGAGGAGGCAAAUAUAAAAUCGGUUUAAAAGAUAGAAAUAAAUUUGAGGUGUCUGAAGAACUGAGAAGAACCAUCAAUGAGUGUCUCUCAAAAACAAUGUCCAAAUUUAAACUUUCAGACAUGGUCAAACACUCAGAAGUCAAAGUAGAUGAGAAUGAUAAAGACUGCAAGAGGGCACAUGAAAUGGCAAAGCAGAUGACAACAUUACUAGAAAACAAUGAACUCUCUAAAAUUAAAGAAACAUUUCUGCCAUGUCAGGGGAAGUUGUGGCACGAUUGGUGUCAGAAGAACAAAGAACUACAUCGACCUAAAAACAACAACAUUGAAAUGCAUAACAGCCAAAAGCAAAUGGAAAUGUUUAGAAUCAGAGAAGAGCAGAAAGAAUCUGGUGUGACACAAUUUAUGAAGAUGUUUAUUAAAAAACUCGACUCCAGCAAAGACAAUGAGAAGCUGUAUUUCUUCAGAUGGCUUGGGUUCCUGCUGGAUGAAUAUACUUCAGAAGACCUCUCAGCACUUCAUCAUAAAUAUGAUCAAAAAUGGUCAAAAGUGUUGGAUUUGAAAAAGAAACAUGAUAAAUCUGAGCAACUGAAAGCAGAACAAACACAACUUGAGAAAAUGUCUGAAAAACUCAACGAAGCAACAUUUGGCUUGGAACACUUAUUGAGAGAGAUUGGCCAGAUAUAUGAAUCGCAUGAAUCUGUCAAUAAAGCAACAGGAUAUAAUUUCAAUGUUAGUUUCCUCCCACGACUUGCCGCAGAACUCAUGGUUUCUGGAUACCCAUUGGAGCUGAUGGAUGGUGAUGCAGCUCAUGUUCCUCUGAUUUGGGUUAAAGCUGUUCUAGAUGAGCUUAUCAAGAUACUAGGAGACCAGAGAGUCUUUGUCUUGUCUGUUUUGGGGAUUCAGAGUACUGGCAAAUCCACUUUGCUGAAUGCAAUGUUUGGAUUGCAGUUUGCAGUCAGCGCUGGCAGGUGCACCAGAGGAGCCUUCAUGCAGCUGGUCAAGGUGUCAGAAGAACUAAAAGAUUUAAAAUUUGAAUACCUUCUUAUUGUUGAUACUGAGGGGCUCCGUGCUCUUGAAUUGGCUGGAAGAUCUACAAGACAGCAUGACAACGAAAUGGCAACAUUUGUGGUCGGUGUUGGAAAUAUGACUUUGAUCAACAUCUUUGGUGAAAAUCCAGCAGAGAUGCAGGACAUCCUUCAGAUUGUUGUUCAAGCCUUUUUGAGGAUGAAGAAGGUACGACUGACUCCAAGCUGCAUGUUUGUGCAUCAGAAUGUUGGAGACAUCACAGCCGGCGAAAAGAACAUGGUAGGAAAAAGACGUUUACAAGAGAAACUGGAUGAGAUGACUCAGUUAGCUGCUAAAGAGGAAGUCUGUGAUGCUGAAUGUUUCAGUGAUGUCAUUAAAUUUGAUAUAAAGUCUGAUGUGCGGUAUUUUGCCCAACUCUGGGAGGGUAGCCCACCUAUGGCUCCACCCAAUCCAUGUUACAGUGAAAAUGUGCAGGAACUUAAGAACGCUAUACUCUCUCAUGCUUCUGAAUCUAAUGGUGUAACACUGGCACAAUUCAGAGAUCGUAUUGGUGACCUUUGGAAUGCACUUAUGAAUGAAAACUUUGUUUUCAGCUUUAAGAAUACUCUUGAGAUUGCAGUGUACAGAAAAUUAGAAGAGGAGUAUGCAAAGUGGACAUGGAGUCUCAGGAGUGCCAUGCUGAAGAUUGAAGACAAAUUGCACAACAGAAUCAACAACAGGCAACUGCAUAAAGUUGAAAGUAGAGACCUGGAGCAGGAGAUGGCAAAGAUCAAUAAAGAGGUGAAAAUGUCCAUGAAGCGGUACUUUGAAGAACAUGGAGAAAAAGACAUACUAAUUCAAUGGAAAAUGAAAUUUCAAGAGAAAAUAAAGGACCUUCAUGUGGAGCUUGUAAGAGAUGCAAAAAGAAAGCUUGAUAACUUAAUUUGUCAAAAGGAAGCCCUCACCAAACUUGAUGGGGAGAAAACACUGCAUGAGCGAAAACUCUUUAAGAAAAGCAAAGAGCUCGCGUUCAGUCUUAAACAAAAACAUCUUGAUGAGAAUAAACUGAAGACACAGUUUGAUGAAGUGUGGUGGAAGUGGGUCUCUGAGCUGGCAGGGGAUGUUCGCCCUCAUGAAGAAAUUAACAUUGCCAAUGAUAUACUUACAAUCUUAGGUGAAAUUCACGAAGACACACUUGUGUGGGACAGAUUAGACAAAUUUGAAAGCUUAAUUCAAAUUACUGAUUUCUCCAUAUAUGUAAAUCCCAUUAGAAUAUUUGGUAUCCGUUUAGGAACUAAACAAUUUGGCCUUCCAUCAGAAGAACAACAGUCAAUUAAAAAUUUGAUGCAGAGUAUUGUUCAUGAAACUGAAAACCAGGUUAAGUCUAAAUCAGUUGCAAAGAUGGGUUACAACAAAAGCUACAUUCAAGAAAUUGCCCAAUCUGUAAAAACAAAUGUAGGAAAGCACAAGUGUCUCCACACCCAGUAUGAAUUCAAGAAAGAGUUCACAGUGGAUUUGACUCUCUUUGUGUGCAAUUUGGCAGGUAUGAAGUUUGCAGAGCUCCAUCAGAUGUUCAGAGAAGCUAAUGAUCCAUUGAUUUAUUUAGAGAAAAAGAAACCUGAAUACUACAGCGUCUUUCAAAGUUUCUGCAGAGGUGCAACAUCUGCUGCCGUUUUUGGGACUUUGAUUUGUAAUGAAUUAAAAGAACCCAUUCUCCAAAGUGUCUACAACAAAACUGCAUAUGAUCUCGCAGGAGAGAUGCAGACAAAUAUUCCUGCUUUCAAAGGCAACAGAUCCAACCUGGAGAAACACAUUCUGAAAACCCUAGCAGAGGAGGAGGACUUUGACAAGUUCAUUAAGUACAUUCAUAAUCCUAGAGACCACUUUGAAGAUUUUAUCGAAACUCAAGUUGAAGCAUAUAUAACAGGAGAGAAUUCCUCAGCUCUUGCAAUGGUAAGAGCAAACAUUAGACACAAGGAGAACAGCAUCAUCACAGCUGCUGAAACCGCAACAGCUCAGGUCUUGAGUAAAAGAGGAGAUGUAAAUAUGUGGCUGGAAGUUUUUUCAUGCUAUUUUAAAGAUGAGCUUGAAUACAAUAAAGAUCAUCUGACUGGUGACAGCUUUCAGGACAUCACUGACUUUGAACUUCUAGAAGAGGUUUUAAAGAAAGAACUUCGCCACAUCACAGAAGAUCUAAACAAAGGCUUGUCAAACCCCUCUGAUAUUAGAAUGACAAUGUUUAGGAAAUCACCAGAUGAGAUUUUGAUUGAGCAUUUCUGUAAGUGUUGUUGGGUUCAAUGCCCCUUCUGUAGAGUUGUCUGUGUUAACACAAUGGAAGAGCAUUCUGGAGAUCAUAUUGCUCCCUUUCAUCGAAACUGUGGGAUGAGAGGGAUGAUUUACAGAGGUACUCUUAAUCUUUGCUUGAACUUCUGCACAUCUUCAGUGGCAAGUGACAGUAUGUCAUUUUUCCCCCGUCAUGAUUCAGAUGAUACAGUUUUAUGGAAAGAAUACAGAACAGCAGGUCCUGAAUAUGCAAACUGGUGCAUCACACCUGAUCUUUCAGAGCUGCCAUACUGGAAGUGGUUUGUAUGUCGAUUUCAAAAGGAUUUGGAAAAAUACUAUAACAAAACGUUCGAAGGGUGUGGUACAAUUCCAGGUAAUUGGAGAUCCUUCACAAAAGAGGAAGCUCUCGAAAGUUUGGAUAAAUAUUUAUGAAGUGAGAAGCAGAUUUUUACUGGUGUAUAAAAUAUGUUACAUAUAUAUUCCCUGGUCCAUGCAUACACUUUAAUUGAAAAGUAAAUGUCCUAUAUUUUAACAUAGAAAAAAUUUAUAGUCAAAUACAAAAAACUAUGAGAAUUUUUUAAGUUUAGUGUAGACCUACAGUAUACUGUAUGUGUAUUUACUUAAAAGUAUUUUAAAUAAAGCAGUGUGAUACAUGUUUUGGCUUACAGUCUGAGGUUUUUAAUUUAAACGGCUAAAACAUAGUCAGGAUUGGAGCUAUAAUGGCCAGGAGGGUUGCCAGUUCUUCCUGAAAUCUGAUUGACGACCCCAGGCCCCCCCUCAUAAGAUGUCUUACCAUUGGCUUGGCUAAUACUAUAUUUGGAACUAGGAGGACCUCAACCUACAAAGUAACUGCAAACGAUUGCAAGUUGCAACACUUACAGUAGUGGCUUGUUUAGGAUGCACCUUGUCAUUAAUGAAGACUGCAGUGCCAUUCGGUAGGUUGCAACUGGGAGUAUCCUCUUAAUAAAAGGUGCCUUAUAAUGCCAUAGAAGAGCUAUUUGA